UCCCUCUCCCUCCGAAGCCUGUCUUUUCUGUUAUUGCUCCCAGAAUACAGCGCGCCAGGACCACAGGGCAAAAUCCCGCAGCCUCGCCGCUGCCCCUUCUUCCGGUUUUAGAGCGGAACCGGAUGACCAGAAGGCGGGUCCUCCCCUCCCUGGACCGGAAAUAGCAGUCGAGCCCGAGCCGGGACACGGCCUCGGCCGCUACCUCCACCACGGCUCCCCGGGCCCCUGGGUCCCCGGACUGUCGGUGUCCGGGCUGAAGGUCGGUCCGGACGACGGAGGACACAGACCUCCGGACUGUCGGGGCGGCCUCCUGACGGGGCUCCCCGGCUGCCGAGAGGAAUCAUGUCUACAGCCUCCGCAGCCUCCUCCUCCUCCUCCUCUUCGGCGGGUGAGAUGAUCGAGACCCCCUCGCAGGUCCUCAACUUCGAAGAAAUCGACUAUAAGGAGAUCGAGGUGGAAGAGGUUGUUGGAAGAGGAGCCUUUGGAGUGGUAUGCAAGGCUAAAUGGAGAGCAAAAGAUGUGGCCAUUAAACAAAUAGAAAGCGAAUCUGAGAGAAAAGCCUUUAUUGUAGAGCUUCGGCAAUUGUCCCGUGUAAACCAUCCAAAUAUUGUGAAGUUAUAUGGAGCCUGUUUAAAUCCAGUAUGCCUUGUAAUGGAAUAUGCUGAAGGAGGCUCUUUAUAUAAUGUGCUACACGGUGCCGAGCCCUUGCCAUACUACACUGCUGCCCACGCGAUGAGCUGGUGUUUACAGUGUUCCCAGGGAGUGGCGUAUCUUCACAGUAUGCAACCAAAAGCUCUAAUUCACAGGGACUUGAAACCACCCAAUUUGCUGCUGGUUGCUGGGGGGACAGUUCUAAAAAUCUGUGAUUUUGGUACUGCCUGUGACAUUCAGACACACAUGACCAACAACAAGGGAAGUGCUGCUUGGAUGGCACCUGAAGUUUUUGAAGGUAGCAAUUACAGUGAAAAAUGUGAUGUCUUCAGUUGGGGUAUUAUCCUUUGGGAAGUAAUAACCCGUCGGAAACCUUUUGAUGAGAUUGGUGGUCCAGCUUUCCGCAUAAUGUGGGCUGUUCAUAAUGGUACUCGACCCCCACUGAUCAAAAAUUUGCCCAAGCCUAUUGAAAGCUUAAUGACCAGGUGUUGGUCAAAGGAUCCUUCACAACGACCUUCCAUGGAGGAAAUUGUGAAAAUAAUGACUCACUUGAUGCGGUACUUUCCAGGAGCAGAUGAGCCAUUGCAAUAUCCUUGUCAGUAUUCAGAUGAAGGACAAAGUAACUCUGCCACAAGCACAGGUUCAUUCAUGGACAUCACUUCUACAAAUACCAGUAAUAAGAGUGACACUAAUAUGGAACAGAUUCCAGCAACAAAUGAUACCAUUAAGCGCUUAGAAUCAAAAUUGUUGAAAAAUCAAGCCAAACAACAGAGUGAUUCUGGGCGUUUAAGCAUGGGAGCAUCUCGAGGAAGCAGUGUGGAAAGUUUGCCACCAUCAUCAGAGGGCAAGAGGAUGAGUGCUGACAUGUCUGAAAUAGAAGCAAGAAUAGCUGCUACCACAGCCUGUUCCAAGCCUAAACGGGGCCAUCGUAAAACUGCUUCAUUUGGCAACAUUCUGGAUGUCCCUGAGAUCGUCAUAUCAGCUGGCAACGGACAGCCAAGGCGUAGAUCCAUUCAAGACUUGAGUGUUACUGGAACAGAACCCAGUCAGGUGAGUAGUAGGUCAUCCAGUCCUAGCGUCAGAAUGAUCACUACCUCAGGACCAACUUCUGAAAAGCCAACAAGGAGCCAUCCCUGGACCCCUGAUGAUUCCACAGAUACUAAUGGAUCAGAUAACUCCAUCCCAAUGGCAUACCUUACAUUGGAUCACCAGCUACAGCCACUAGCACCAUGCCCAAACUCCAAAGAAUCCAUGGCUGUGUUUGAACAGCAUUGUAAAAUGGCCCAAGAAUACAUGAAAGUUCAAACAGAAAUAGCAUUACUGUUACAGAGAAAGCAAGAACUAGUAGCAGAACUGGACCAGGAUGAAAAAGACCAGCAAAAUACAUCUCGUCUGGUACAAGAACAUAAAAAGCUUUUAGAUGAAAACAAAAGUCUUUCUACGUACUACCAGCAAUGUAAAAAACAAUUAGAGGUCAUCAGGAGUCAACAACAAAAACGGCAAGGCACUUCAUGAUUCCCUCAGACGUUGGAUUUGAAAAUCAUGCACAGAAAGACUUUUUUGAGGGGGAAAGGGAAACAUUAAUACUUAUAAUUCAUGAGUGUUAGCUUCUUGAUGUGUUCUGAAUGCCUACUCCCUAUAUUUGCUGCAUUUGUUACAUCAUUUAUUUUCCUAUUCUUCUGGUGGACAUUCAGUUCAACAGUCUUGUUGAAUAACAUGGGACAUCCAUGACUUGAAUAAGCAGCAGAACUCAGCAUUAAGGCAGAUACAGUGAACCAUGACUAUACGUGCAUGCUUAUUGUAUGAAGGCUAGCCUGAUAGAAAGAGGAGGUGGGUUAAAAUGGCUGCUAUUAUGCAAGAUCUUCUUGGUUUUCAUAUUAGGAUGUUACCUCAGUAAGAACAAAACAAAAACUUGGAGAAUAGUUUUGUUCUUGUAUCUCAUCUCAAGCAAAUUUAAGAUAUCACUUUUAGAUGAAAAGAAGCAUUGUCCCAAGUUUAAAGACAAAGUGCUGUCCUAGAAUAAUUGGUGAUACAUUGCAGAGACAUUUGACCCUUAGGAAUGAUGUAAAAUGGAAGGUAAUCUGAUGUCAACACCCCUGCCUUAGUGAUUUCCUUCUGUAAGAUUUUUGGAGGUAAGUAAGCAGCUAUUGCUUCAUUUUAGAAAAGGAGCGGUUUGGCCUUGCCUUAUUGAACUGCAGUUUGAUAGCGAUACAGUAAGCAAAAUGUCUCUUUUUAAUGUUUUUAAUUAAGUGUGAUUGUGUGGAUGCAUGGGUUGAAACCUUAGAACUGUUGUGUCUCUCAUAUCUCUUAAAUUGCAACUCAAAGGCUAAUGAAAAUGAUCCUUCUUAAAUGAUCAUUCCUUCCACUGCAAUAUUUGCCUAGUUUUAAUACAGUAUUUUCAAAAGGCAUGGAAAAAGAAGCAGGAUUCCUCACAAAUGCAAUGAGUUCUUCUGGCAUGAAAGACUUGGACUUGGUAGAGAAGGAAUCCACUAAAUGAGGAAUAAAAGCUAGAAAAUCAAGAGGGAAGUAAAGUUAGGAAGUAAAAGCAAACAGUAUCCUAUCAUUGAGCACUCUCUGUAUUCCAGUGAUGUGAAUGAUGCCAACUCCAAGCAAGCCUAUCCUAGAGUGAAUGCCUGCUGCUGCCUUUUUGCUUGAAGAGAAAAGGAGCCACACUUCAUCACCUAGAAAUGUGUGUGUGUGUGUAUGUGUGUGCAUGUGUGUGUGUGUGUGUGUAUGAGUAUCCUUCAUUGCCUACAAUCAUGUGGAUAGAAAUAACUUUGAGAUAAUAAUAAAAGAUUAUGGAGCACUUAGAAUUUCUACAGCCUAGUAAUAUCUUUUCAUCUGACAUUAAAGUCAGCCCAUUGGAUAAGAUGUUAUUCUCAAAUUAUGAACACAUUUGUAUUUUCUGAGGAGAACAUUUUUAAAAUAACAGGUUGCCGUGUUGUCAAAUUCCAAAAAGAUAAUUGAAACUUUUAUUGGGGGUGUUUAGUUGUUUGGCUUUAUUUCAAAUGAGCAUUUAGUCUUAAUAUCAGAAUUGUUGAUUAAAAUAUGAGUCAUAAAAAGGACAUUUAUUUUCUUCCAUUUUCUCUUCCCACUAAGCUUCAUGGUAUGUGUUUUUGUGUGUACAUGUGUGUUUAUGUGCACAGGCAUUUAUAUGUAUGUAAGAGAAUAGGUAUUAUAAAGAAUGAAGGAUGAUUUGUUACUAAAGAAUUAUUUUUAGCUUAAAUCUAUUGUUGGGAAGUCUCUGGAAGCUAAAAUUUUCACUUUUUAAAUAAAGGGAGGGUUAUCAUUCUCAAAUAAUUUGAUUAGCUAGCUGAAACUGAUAUUGGGAUCAACUUAAGGGCACACAUAUUUAUAGCAAAAUGUAAUUGGCAGAGAAAAUAACUGUAGAAUUAUGAAUAGCACAGUUAUCCAAAGCAUUGCUGCUUUCAUACAUUUGUCUGUUUACCAAAAUGGACUCGGUCUAUGAUCAGUCAUUUUCAUAACAUGUUUCAAAGCAUGAUGCAUAGCAGCAUGGAUGUGAAGGCAUUAUUUUACCUGCAUGGUUGAUAUUUGCAGAUGUCAGAUCAUAUCUCAGGAUAUCAACUGGUUAUUGCUCUAUCACAUCACUAUCUAUAUAUAAAAGAGGAAAUUGAAGUUCUUUAGCUUAUGUGAAGGUCAUGCUAGUUUGAGGACAUGGUACAUAAUUCAGAUGGCCAUUUAGAGCAGUUGCUUCUUUGUUUACAGUCAACUCGUAUUUUUAAGUACUGUAGUUUUCCUAUACAUUAAGUGAAAUUCAACUUGUUUAGUUCUUAAGUAGUUUGUAUUGCCAGUCUAAAGUUAUAUGCGUUUAUUUGUUGGGUUUUGUUUGUUUUUUAACAAGGGAGUAAAGACAAUGACUAUUUAUCCUUGGUAAUGGGGGACAGGGAUAAAUGGCAUUGAUCAUUUGAAUCCCUAGAUAAUUCCCAAACUUCAUGUUAACCAAUCUCUUCAACGUACUCUCACUUCAAACUUUUAAAUGGAAUUUUAUUAAGAAGCCAAAUUUAAUUAAUUCUACUUUUUACCUUCUUCCUUGACCAUCAUAGAUGGAUGGGGUUUGAGAAGGAAGGAAAGCAAGAAUUCUAAUCUACCAACUAAAAUCAGCCCUUGGUUACGAAAAGUUGGUUCUCCCUAUGUAACAUCUGCCUACCUUAAAAAGACCUGUGAAGAAAAAAUAUUUUGUUCCUCUAAGAUCUAUGCAGUAGCAAUGACUUUUGAGUUAAACAAAAAUCAACCACCAGUAUUUUCUUUAUAGCAACAUUAGCAUGUUCAGAAGGCUUUUGUUAUACAGUUGUUUACAAAUGUUGUACUUGUCUUUUGUUUAAAUAUUUUGGCAUGUUGACUAUUUUUCAUAUUACUCUUAUGUUUCUAAUUAAAGUUAUCCCUCCAUAUAUUCAUAGAGGUGAAGAAUCUAUUUUUUUCUCUUCCUCACCCCUUUUUAAAUUCUGAUUUUCACCUCCCUGUUUUCUGCCUUAAAAAGGUAAUGAAUUCAACUUAUAUUUUCAGAAUUUUUAUGUAAGAUAUUGUAUAAUGCCAAUAUGCUCCUGUAUUCUAUAUGAUUCUAACCCCUUCCCAAAAUGCUUUUUUAGAUUUAUUUUUUGUUUUUGAUGAAAAAUUGAAGAUUGUAAUUCAAAACUUGUAUAUAAAAUGGCAAAUGAUUUCAUAUGAUAUAGGAAUGAGCUGUGUGGCUUUCUGCUGCAACAGUGUAUUUACCUUACACAAAAUAUAAUAAAAACUGAAAACUUUCAGUAUCCUUGUAGUACCCCCCUGUACUAACUAACUUAUUGUUUAGAGCAGUUCUGUGCUGGGGGUAGGGGUUGGAAGCUAUUGUGUAUUACCUAUUCCAGUUAAAGAUUCUUUUAAUCAAUGGAUUGUAUCUUUUUAAUAACCCCCAUGAAUCCUGAAUGAAUGACUCGCUGUUUUCUUUGUCUCUAGGUGAUCGUUUUCUUAAUAGGAAAACUGCUUUCCUCUGCCACCAGAUGCUUCCGUCAGACUUUUCAACAAACCUUUGUCAUAAUAUCUAUCCCAUUUUCUCCUGAUUCCCACACCUACCCUCCACCCAUCAUAUACAUAUACUGCUUACACAUUCAUAUCUGUUUCUUCUCUCUACCCCAUACAUUCUUUUUUUUUUUUUUUUUUGGUGAGGCAAUUGGGGUUAAGUGACUUGCCCAGGGUCACACAGCUAGUAAGUGUUAAGUGUCUGAGGCCGGAUUUGAACUCGGGUACUACUGACUCCAGGGCCGGUGCUCUAUCCACGGCGCCAUCUAGCUGCCCCUACCCCAUACAUUCUUACAAGGCAAAUCCAUUCAGAGUGGCCUCUUGGCUAUUUGGGAUAAUGCCAAAUUGGUCUUAGUCCGCUUCAAUCAAGUAUUUUAGUGUGUUGAACUGUUGCACCCUUCAGAAUGACUUCAACCUUCUACUUUUACUCUUUUAGGUGAAACUUCUCCCUGUAUCUUACACGUGUGUAUGUGUGCGCAUGCACGCACGUGUGCACACGCACACACACAAAUCUGGUAAUAAAUUGAUAUAUUGACCAAGAAUGGCAAGCUUCCAUACUAAGUGAUGAUGAGAUUCUGUAAUUAGUAGACACUGGGGCAUCACCUUUUAAGUUUUUACUCAUUUAAAAACAGACAGGGAUUUUAAAAUUAAACCUUUUUUAGUCUUUAUUAUUUCAUAGCAAUUUUAAAAUAAUUGCUGUCUUCUAAAAGAAGACAUUUUUGGCAAAAGAUGCAGACAUGUUUACAAGACCUGGUAGUUAUAUGAAAACUGGGCAUUUUAUAAAUAUCUGAGGAUAUUUAAUUUAGUCCUAGAGUCUGUGAAGCAUAGAAUCACAGGAAUUUUUUGAGAAGUUCCUUAUUGGAAAUCAUUUUGUUUAUCCCUUCAUUUUACAGGUGAGGAAACUGAGGUCCAAAGGGAUUAACUACAUGAUUUUGUGCAGGUCACUUGAUUAAUGGCAAAUCUGAGAUUAGAAGCCAGGUAUCCUGACUACCAAUGCAGUAUAAAUUCUUAAUACUCCACACAGAGUUCUUUGCUUUUGAUGUGUUACACAAAGGGUAGUUAAAACCCCGUCAUCUAUAGUAAGGUAAGUAAACACAUCUGUUUUUUAACCAUAGAAAUGCAAAGUUGGUGGUUCACUGCAAGUUUCCUAGUGAAGAGAAUAAUAAAUGAAUUCAACAAGCAUCUAUUCUGUCCACAGCCCUGUGCUAGGCACAGAGAGUGGGGUGAGAAGUUAACAGAGUUCAAAUAAAAUAAUCCUUGACCUCAUGAGGCCUGCAGUCUAUAGAUAAAAACAUCACUAUAAUGUCUAAUUUUAUAUUUAUAUAUGUAAGUUGCAAAAUAAUAUCAAGAUGAAUAGGGGGUGUUAAAUAACUGUUUAUAGGAACUUAGAGCUAGAAGGGAUAUUUGAGGUUGUCUGGUCCAGCCCCCUCAUUCCACAUUUGAGGAAACAGAACCAGAGAAGUUGACUUGUCCAGAUUAGACUGGUAGUAUCAGCUCAUUUGAAUUCAUGUUUUCUCACUCCUUAAUCCAGCACUUUACUGUGCCAUGCUGCCUCCUUUUGAUUGAAUAGAAAGGAUUACUGAUUUUCAGGUUAUUUGAUCGCUUUUACAAAUCAUUACACUAGAAGGUGUCAAACAUGCAGCUCACAACACUCCCAAGUACAGUCUGAACCACUGUUGGGAAUAUUGGAGGAAAUUGGGAAAUAUUUACUCAAAUAUAAUAAAACAUGUAAUGUUAAUAUGUGGCUUUCUAAGUCAUUCUCUGUGCCUGCAAUGAUCCUUAUGUGCAAUUUAGUGGUACCCAUUUCCAUCUUUUAAUUCUUUCCUUGUUAUCUCAUUCUGGGCAUAAAAAAGGGACAUCAUUCAGAAUUUUUAUAUUCAAUGAAAGCUCAUCUUUAACUAUAGGGCAACACUUCUGUCUAUCACCAGCACUGUAUUUGUUCAGAUGGCUCUUAACUCCACCCCAACCUUCCUCAAUUCAUGCUUCGAGCCAGCACUGGAAAUUUGUUGCUUUUCAGGCAAUAAAUAAAUUUAGGGGAGUAGACCCUUAAGCUUCUUGAUUUUUUUCUCCUCCACAACAAAAGAGGCUCCAGUUCCUUUUCUCCUGUCUUCUAGCCUGGCCAGCCUCUUCUCAAUGGCCUCUACAGAUCAGGUGAACUGAGACCCAGUAUAACCUUAUAGACUUGUAAAAGUAGGCCAAGCCUAUCUGAUGAGUCUCAGCCAGCCACAUAGGACUUUCAAAUGUUUUGUUGUUUUUUGUGGGGAAAUCAGUGUUAAGUGAAUUGCCCAGGGUCACACAGCUAGUAAGUGUCAAGUAUCUGAGGCUGGAUUUGCGUCCUUCUGACUCCAGGGCCAGUGCUUUAUCCACUGCACCACCUAGCUGCCCCUUGUAUAGCUAGCUGUUUUAAUGGAUAAUACUCUCCUAAUAAACAGGGUAGAUCUCUAGGUUCUCUCUGGGCCCACCUCUUUCUAUUCCUCUCUUAGUGAUUUCAAGAAUGUCCAUGGGUUCAAUUAUCUCUAUGGAGAUGACUCUCAGACAUAUAAAGAUUUAUAUCCAACCCUGUUCUCUCCUGAGCUUCACUUUUACAUCAGCAGCUCUUGUUUUGGAGAUUUCCAAUUUUUUUUGGAUUUUCCCAUAGGUGUCCCCCAUCAAAAAUGCCCCAAAUAACUCACCCGGCCUUUAUAACUUCUCCAUUUCUGUCAAGGGCACCACUAGAUUUCUCAGUCUCUCAGUUUUGUGUCCUCAGUCAUCCUUUCCAUUUCUUAUUCUCCCUCAUCCCACAUAUCCAGUCAGUUGCCAGGUCUUGUCAAUUCCAUCUCCACAACAUCUCUAACAAUGAAUCACUUUACUCACACAGCUACUGUCCUUUUCUAAACCUUCACCACCUCUCACCUAAACUAUUUAAAAGCCUCUUAAUUGAUUUGCCUACUUCAAAUAAGCACAUGACGGGACAAGCCUCCCCACAGCUACCAAAGUAAUAUUCCUAAACUAUAAUUCUGCCUAUGUCACUAACCUGCUUAGCAAGGUGGUACAGCGGAUAAAGUGGAGUCAAGAAGACCUAAGUUCAAAUAUGGCCUCAAAUUCAUUAGCUAUGUUACCCUGGGCAAGUCACUUAACCUCCAUUUCCUUAUCUGUAAAAUGUAGAUAAUAACACCUACCUUCAGGUUUGUGAAGAUCAAAUAAGAUAAUUAUAAAGUGCUUAGCACAAUGCCGGGCACAUAGUAAGUGCUAUAUAAAUGUUAGCUAUUAUUAUAAUACAACCUUGGCUCCCUACUGCCCCUUACACCAAAUUCAAAUGUCCACAUUUGGUUUUUAAAGCCCUUCACAGUCCAGUGCCUGCCUACCUCCCCAGACUCAUUUCUCAUUACUUCACACUAUUGUUCAGCCAAACUGACCUAUUUGUUUUUCCUCCUGGAUUACAUCCCAUUUCCUUUCUCCACAGGUUAGCCCCCAUGCCUCCAAUGUACUCAUCACCUCAACCCCUUUAAAUCUCUAGCUUUCUCCAACACCCACCUCAAGCACCAUUUCCUCUGUGAAGCUUUUCCUAACCCCCUCAACUACUAUUGCCUUCUCCCAGUCAUGCCCUUCCCCAAAAAUUGUAUUUACUUUGUAUAUGUAUUAUUUUCUUAUAUGUGUACAUAUUUAUCUGAAGUGAAUACCAGUUUCUUAAGGGCAGGGAUCUUUUUUUUUUUUUAGUUUGUUUAGUUUGUUUCUCUUAAUCUUUGUUACCAAAGUAGUACCUAGGACAGUGCCUGGGAAGUAUCAGGCUUCGUGCCUACUCAAAUAACCCCAUUUUCCAUCCACAUCAGCCUAUUUGUUCCUGGAACAGCACAUUCCAUUUCCCACUUCCAUAACUUCCCACCAACAAUCUGCCACAAGGAGAAAGUUACAUAUCUCCAUGUCUGCCCUCAAGGAACCCCUAGCUCCCUUCAAGGCUUAGCUCAAGUUCCACCUCCUACAAGAGACCUUUCCUGAUUCCUCUAAUUGUUAAUGCCCCCCCCCCC